AUGGCCUCGUCAGCGCUGCGCAUCACCGAGUUCGAUGAGGCGGAGAAUGUCGCCGCGACUUACGUCCAGACCAGCUCGGGCUCUUCCGGAGGGAGCAGGAUAGACGUGAUCGUAAGUCGUCACUAUGCUUGACAAGCUGCAUGAUAGAUGGUGCGACUGACCAACACCAUAGCCUCCAUCAGAUGCCAAGUCGUUAUGGCAGCAAGGGCUCGACGUCUUCCUCCCGGUGGGAUAUCCUCACAGCGUCACGAGUGAUUACAUGGAGUAUCAGAUCUAUGUAAGUGCUGACGUUAUGCACCGGUAUGCUUUCUGAGCCUAGCUAACAACCGCAGGAUUCCCUUCAAGCCUUUUCAAGCAGUAUAGCUGCCCUCUUGUCUUCCCGAGCAGUCCUCAAAAGCGUGGGAGUCGGCGAUGCCGAUGCCACUGCUACAGCAGCUCUAUUGCUCUCCAUCUUCCAAGAAUCAGUCGGCCGCCUCGCUACAAUCCUCUUCGCUCACCGACUCGGAAUGUCUUUCGAGCCAGAGUGCAAGAUGUACCGGCUGCUCGCGGAUAUCCUCAACGACAGCGGCUUUAUACUGGACUGUCUCUCUCCCAUCUUUCCCAAACCGAUCCAGGUGGGCGUUCUGACCUUCAGCAGCGUCCUUCGCUCUCUUUGUGGAGUCGCUGCCGGGAGUGCGAAAGCCAGUCUGAGUGCCCAUUUUGCCUGCUGGGGCAAUUUGGGAGAGCUCAAUGCGAAAGACUCCAGCCAGGAGACUGUCAUUUCUCUCAUGGGCAUGUGGGCGGGAAGUCUGGUUGUGUCUCGGGUGACGUCGCCCUUCGCAACCUGGACUGCACUCAUACUUCUCCUUUCCAUACAUUUGGAGACGAAUCGCAGGGCAGUGCGCGCGGUCAGCAUGCGCAGCUUGAAUCGCCAACGUGCGACUCUCGUCUUCCAUCAUCUUCAGAAGGGGCACGUUCCUACGCCGCAAGAGAUCUCCCUUCAAGAAAGAAUUUUCGAGCGAGAUGGCGUCCUGCGAUCCAAAGAUGACCGCGUGCUGGGCUACUGUGCAGUGGGUGUGUCGAUGAAGCGCUUGCUCAGCGCCAUUUCUACCACAGACCAACACACAAGCACCAAGUCCCUCAAGAUCAAGGAUGACAGCCUGCUGCAGAGUAUUCUUGACCUGUACAAGGACACUCCAUAUAUCAUUUGGCACGACACUGGCUCGCCCGAGAGAAUGUUCAUUGUUCUCAAGCAAGGCGUAGCCGCAAAGGAUAUCCUACAGGCAUGGUGGCAGGCGCUGCUAUUCGUGCAAUCAGGAAACCUGUUGAGUAUGGAAGCACGUUUGGAGGCCUUGCGCGGUGCCAAGGACGCAGUCCGACAGCUUCUUGAGAGGCACCAGGACCAACUCGUAGCGAAUGGUUGGGAUCUGGACAUUGCUGCCUUGGAAACCACGGCUGGUACCAGAGUAGCACUUGGCGAAUAG